AUGUUCUGCUUCCACUGCCCCCCGAGCUUCCACCCGAGCGGAAGAUCUCUAACUUUGGACUAUCCGUGUCCGUCACAUGCUUCAUAUCCGGGCUACGGGUUACAUACAGAUUUACACGAUGAGGCGUUUGCUCGCCGCAAGCAGAGGAGAAACCGGACAACCUUCACGCUGCAGCAGCUGGAAGAGCUGGAGAAAGCCUUCUCACAGACGCACUACCCUGACGUCUUCAUGCGCGAGGACUUGGCCAUGAGAAUUAACCUCACUGAAGCUCGAGUUCAGGUCUGGUUUCAGAACCGCAGAGCCAAAUGGCGCAAAAGUGAACGCUUCUCCCAGCAACAUGGACAGAAUCCCAGCAUCACUACAGCCUCCAUUGACGUCAGCGGUGAUAAUGUUGACCCGAACGUAAAAGAUGUUAGCGAAGACGGCUCCUUGCCUGAUGUCGGAGGUCGAGACUCGGUUUCGUCGCCCAUCGAACGUCUGCAUGUCCAGAUAGAUAACGACGAUGACGGUGGCGAUAAUGGGAGGAGGAGGCUGUCUGUCGGCCUGCCAGAAGACGCAGACAAGGAUGAACAGAAGUCGUUCUUCACAAGCUCUUCGGACAAAGACAAUGGAGAUGAGAAAACUACGCGUGAGCAUGGAGACAGACACAGUAGUGAUAAUGAAAGCGACUUUCUGAGAUGUGGCAAAGACAAUCUAUCCGAUAACGAAUGCGAUGAAGAUAUUUGCGUGGAUCGCGCAGAAACUGACGAUGAAUAUUCGGUCAAAGAGAGAAUACAUUUUACACUCCUGAAAAAUAUGGCACAACAGAGAAAUUCAGACCUGUCGGCUUCAAAAAGAGAAGAAGGUACAGACGAUCGUUUAGAUAACAACUUACAUGAGAACAGACAUCUAGACGAUGAUGAUAAUAACAAUAUUCGAUACAGGAAGCCAACAGUCUUUCCUUUUCGCCAUUCCCACGACUCAUUUCCAUCGGGUCUCUACAUGGCCAAAACAGAACCGAAUUUGUUCAGUUUCUCCAGAAACACUCCAUUCAGACCCGAUCUUCUGUUAAACCCAGCUCAUGGUUCUCCGGGGUUGAUCCUCAACAAUUCAGGAUCGUCUUCAAUCGCUUCCAGACACGACAACAGCAAGCCACCAACGCCAACCUCUUCAUCAUCGCCUCUUUCAUUAACAUCUUCAUCCACCACAUUAGGACUUGAUGCCAGAAACAGCCUAACCAACGAAUUGUCAGCGUUUCCGGCGUCCUCGGCCUUGACCUUUGGAGCAGGUAUGGCCUUUGGUAACGAUCCGGCUUUAAUCAAGAGCAUGCUGGGGAUAAUGCCUCCAUUGAUGUUCCCACCAGACUUUGGCUUGAUGAGCAAGAUGGGACGGAGUGCUCUUCCGUUUACACACAGUCUUCUAGCCGCUUCAAUCGGAAGACCUAGCCUCUUCUCCGGCAUUGAUGGGUCUCGUUUCAAGUCCAACUUUGAUACUUUGAUGACGUCACGUUCAUACCUACCUCACCAUCGCAUGCCACACCCAGCUUUCAAGGGUUGCCAUUCCUUCUGUUUAUGUUGCCCGCCACGAACGACUGGCAGCAGCAAUGACAGUAGCAGCAGCAGCAAUCCCAACAGCGCUACGGCAUUCCCACUGCUGAACGAGCAUCGAACCAGCAGUGUUGCCGUACUGAGACGUCGUGCCAGGGAACACUCUGAGGCCAUAGUUGCAGCUGGCACAGAUCUCCCUGGAUCUCCAGACAAGUGA